UUAGUAUAGGAAUUGGGUAAAACAUGGGUAACCCGUGGGUAAAAAGGCAAAACGGGCAUUGCACACAUUAAGAAGAUAUAGAUUCAUCAUCACCCACGAACCCCAACCCCCAAAACUCAUCCUCAUCAUGGCCGCCAAGCUUAUCACCACCGCCCUCCGCCGCACCGCCCUCCGCCGCACCGCCUCUCUCAAACCCAUUAAUCUCCGCCCCUUCUCCACCGCCGCUGCCACCAUCCCCGACCCCUACGAUGACCCUUCUUCCCUUACAGUCAAAGGCGUCAAAAUCUCAGGCAGGCCCUUGUAUCUCGAUAUGCAAGCCACUUCUCCGGUCGACCCACGUGUCUUAGACGCCAUGCUUCCCUUCUAUCUGUCUCGUUAUGGAAAUCCCCAUUCUCGAACCCAUCUCUACGGUUGGGAGUCCGAUGAGGCUGUCGAGAUUGCGCGUGGCCAGGUUGCGCAGCUGAUUAAUGCGUCACCCAAGGAGAUUGUGUUUACUUCUGGGGCUACGGAGAGUAAUAAUAUUUCGGUUAAGGGGACGCUUCACUUUUACAAGGAGAAAAAGAAGCAUGUGAUUACGACGCAGACGGAGCAUAAGUGUGUGCUUGAUUCGUGUCGCCAUUUGCAGCAGGAGGGGUUUGAUGUUACGUAUUUGCCGGUGAAGAGUGAUGGGUUGGUUGAUGUGGGGAAAUUGAGAGAUGCAAUUAGGCCCGAUACGGGGCUUGUUUCGGUUAUGGCUGUGAAUAAUGAGAUUGGUGUGAUUCAGCCUAUGGAGGAGAUUGGGGCGGUUUGUAAGGAGUUUAAGAUUCCGUUUCAUACGGAUGCUGCUCAAGCGUUGGGGAAGAUUGAUGUGGAUGUGGACAAGUGGAAUGUGAGUUUGAUGUCGUUGAGUGGGCAUAAGAUUUAUGGGCCGAAGGGGAUUGGGGCUUUGUAUAUGAGGCGUAGGCCGAGGAUUAGGGUUGAGCCGCAGAUGAAUGGGGGUGGACAGGAGAGGGGGAUUAGGAGUGGGACUGUGCCUACGCCGUUGGUUGUUGGAAUGGGAGCUGCGUGUGAGUUGGCGAGGAAGGAGAUGGAGUAUGAUGAGAAAAGGAUUAGUAUGUUGCAGGAGAGGAUGCUCAAUGGGAUUAGAGCUAAGCUUGACGGGGUUGUGGUGAAUGGGAGUGAGGAGAGGAGGUAUGUUGGGAAUUUGAAUUUGUCGUUUGCCUAUGUUGAGGGGGAGAGUUUGUUGAUGGGGUUGAAGGAAGUGGCUGUUUCUAGUGGAAGUGCGUGUACUAGUGCUAGCUUGGAGCCUUCUUAUGUGUUGAGGGCUUUGGGAGUGGAUGAGGACAUGGCACAUACUUCAAUUAGGUUUGGAAUUGGGAGGUUUACUACUGAGGAAGAGAUUGAUCGGGCGGUCGAGCUCACAGUGAAGCAGGUUGAGAAGUUGAGAGAGAUGAGUCCACUUUAUGAAAUGGUAAAGGAGGGGAUUGAUAUUAAAAGUAUACAGUGGGCGCAACAUUGAUUGCUGGCGAGAGAAGCUGUCAGAUGCUGGAUGCUAGUGGUUGUGACAUGACUACUGAUUGCUGGAUUGUGAUGAUAAGAUGCUGGUAAUUGCUAGAUGCUGAAGCGAAGCAUGAAAGCUUAAUGGUAUUAAUAGCUUGGAGGACUUAUAAGUCAGGUUUUAUUGUAGUUGUUUUAUGUUAGGUUUUGUUUUUAAAUGACAUUUUCAAAGCUUACACUAUGCUACCCUAAUAUGUAAUGUAUUCUCUUGUUGUGGAUAUAAAUAAUUUAUAUUCUGAAUGGGAAUAAUGAAAUUUAUGCUGUUUUGAUCAUCAA